AUUGUGAAAAACAGAUCAAGUUCACGGCAGUUCGAAGACCUUCGAAGCAAGUAAGAGCGAGUAAGAGCAAAAAUGGUUCGUCAUUUUAGUUUCUGUAUAGGUUUAUUAAUAAUUUUGACGAGUUGCCGUUGGACGAAUUGCUCCGCUGCUGCUCUUUUAUUGGAAGACAAAUUUCGAGAAUUAGAAUUGCGACUAGAGACGACAGAGGCCAGAAGUGUCCAAGUUGAAGAAAAGGUGUCCCAACUAGAGGCUCAACUUGAACUAAAUAAUGAAAUAAGAAAUAAUUUGAAGUUUCAAGUAACAAAAUUGGAGGCUAAAAAUGUUCAACUAGAAUUUAAGAUACAAGAGCAGGAAAAACUUUUAAAUUACCUGUUGCGACAAACCAAUCGCCCGGUUCCAGUAGCUGAUUCAUUAUCAGUUCCAAAUAAUCUUAAAAGUCCAGUUCAAUCGACUGAUAGUAAUAAGAGUGGAACUCCAAGGACAUGCAAGGAACUCCGGGUGAUUGAUCCGUCACUUCCAUCCGGAAUGUAUUCCAUCGAUCCGGACGGCCAAGGCGUAGGCGAAAACCCAAUCUACGUUUACUGCGACAUGACGUCAGGAUCGACUUCCAUUCUACAUGAUAGCGAAUCUGCCAUCAACGUGGGUCACUGCGCCGAUCCUGGAUGUUAUUCACGAUCCAUCAAAUACAAUGCAUCUAUCGGGCAGAUUAAAGCUUUGGCGGAAUUGUCGUUUGAAUGUCACCAGUCGAUUAAAUACGAUUGUUACUACGCCCCGUUCGAGUUAAGUGGCUACGCUUACUCCUGGUGGAAUGACAGAGACGGAAAUGCGCAAUACUUUUGGGCUGGCGAUAACACGGAGGGAAUUCACACUUGCCAGUGCGGAAUUGACGGAAAUUGUGUCGAUAAUUACGCAAAGUGCAAUUGCGAUGCGGCUGUUUACGCGCAAUUAUUCGAUGAUGGAGUAAUCACUAACAAAAAUGUUCUGCCGGUCACUCGCCUGAAUUUCGGGCGAACUCAGCUCCCAACUUCGUCAGGCAUCCACACGCUAGGCAGAUUCGAAUGUACUGGAACGGUCGCCCUGACCAGGAUGCCCACGUCUUGCGAGGAUCUUUGGUUAGUCGGCCACAUCCUUAAUGGAUUUUAUUCCGUCAUGGGAUCAGCGAUGAUGGAAUCCGUUUACUGCGAUUUCACUAAACUCCCUGGCAAUGAUGGUUUCCAGAAAUGGAUCGGAUACGCUGACGUCAAAUCAGUGCCCGUCCAUUUCUACGUCCAAAGAACUUCGAAUUUUAACACGACUAACAUUCCGAUUCCGUUCGAUUUGGCGCUGGUGAACAAGGGGAAUGCCAUGGAUUUGACGUCGGGGAUAUUCACGGCACCGCGGCAGGGAACUUACUACUUCUCCUUCACGGGACUGGCGCAAUUUUCAGCUUCUUCAUAUACACUUGCGUUACAAGUUGCACUUAAUUUAAAUGGGGGUAUAAUCGGAAAGGGUCAUGUCGAUAUGUCAAGUACCGCCACAACUCGAUGGAAUCAGUUGACCCUCCAGUCGACGCUGAGCUUAAAAUCAGGCGAUCAAGUUUGGGUGGAUAUUACUAGCGCAUCAUCAGGGGUGGCUUUGCAUGACAACGGUAACCACUACACCCAUUUCACGGGUUUUGUGUUGGAGGAGGAUAUUGUCGCGUCCCUUUGAGUGUUGAUGAUCCGUAAUGCGCAAAAUGAUAAUCGUCUGGUAAUUGACGCGUGAACUAGUAGUGAAAAAGUUGGAUGUGAAUUUGUUUUAUAUCGGGUAAUAUAAGGAGAAAUAGAAUGAAAUGCAUUUGCCUCUAAAUCAUUAAGAGGUGGGGAUUUAUGAAAAUUAUAUUGUGUAUUAUGCAAAUGGACUUGCUUUGAUAAACACAUUUUCAAGUU